AGUUCCCGGGGCGCAGUGCGUUCGCGCUCGCUCACGGCAGCAGUGCGUGGCGAUCGCUCGAAAAUCGGUGCACGAGCGCGUACAGUACACGUCGAGCUGGAUGCCGCGACCGCGAUGAGAUCGGAGAGGCCGAUCGGCGCUGCGACCCGCAGCGCCAAUCAAUUCACCGUCAGCUUCAACGACAUCAGCUACUCCGUGCGCCGCAGGCCGUUCUACGGAGAAUGGAAAAAGUUACUGUCGGAUAUCUGCGGCGACUUCCAUUCGGGAGAGCUCACGGCAAUUAUGGGACCGUCCGGAGCUGGCAAAUCUACGUUGAUGGAUAUUCUCACGGGAUUCACGACGUCCGGCUGGCGAGGCGAAGUGCUGGUAAACGGUCGAAAGCGCAACCUCGCGUCGUUUCGCCGAUUGUCGGCUUACAUCAUGCAGGACGACCAUAUGCAACCGUUGCUGACCGUGGCCGAGUCCAUGUGGUUGGCAGCUGAUCUCAAACUCGAAUUCAACAAGUCAGCCACGGAGAAAUGGCUGGGUAUAGACACCAUAUUGAAAGAAAUGGGUUUGGAUAACUGUGCCAACACGCGCGCCAAUGACUUGAGCGGUGGUCAGAAGAAGAGACUGGCGAUAGCGUUAGAGCUGAUUAGCAAUCCACCGAUAAUGUUUUUCGACGAGCCCACGAGUGGCCUGGAUAGCGUAGCAGCGCGCCAAUGUCUCGGACUACUGAAAUCUCUGGCAAGAGAGGGCCGUACCAUCGUGUGUUCGAUCCACCAACCGAGUGCCAGUCUCUUCGACAUGAUCGAUCAUCUCUAUGUAAUGGACAAGGGCCACUGCAUCUACACCGGCAGUGCGCGAAAUCUCGUCUCGUUUCUGAUGAGCUUCAAUCUGCAAUGCCCCGCUUACUAUGAUCCUGCUGAUUUUUUACUAGAAGUCGUCAACGGUGACUACGGCCAUGAGCAUUUGGAUCAAUUGAUCAACUCGUCCGACAGAGGCAAAUGUAAACGCUGGCACGACGAUGGUGGCAGCUGUAGCGACAGUUCAAGCAACGAUCAGUCAUCGAAAAUGCGCUGCGUCGAGUAUUUACCUAAAUUGCCGUUAUCAGCAACGCCGAUAAUCUACGAAUCGCAAACGUCCUGGGCGAGUUCGGCUUACUAUGCUACCGGUUUCUUUUGGCAACUUCGGGUUCUGCUCAGGCGGAACGCAAUCAAACUCUCGAGAGACAAGAUUCUUUCAUUCACGCGAUUGACGAUGCACCUCCUGAUCGGUUUGCUAGUUGGCUCGAUGUAUUACCAGAUUGGCCAGGACGCCGCUUUUGCGCUCGAAAAUUUUAGCCUGCUCUUCUUCACGCUCAUGUUCGUUAUGUACACUGCGUUCAGCGCUACUCUUAUCACGUUUCCAGACGAAUUGCCGAUUCUGACGCGAGAACACUUCAAUCGUUGGUACAAGUUGCGUUCGGUCUAUAUUGCUAACAAACUUGCCGAUCUGCCAGUACAAAUUGCCGCAACUGCGUGUUUCACGUUUGUCGUUUAUCAGAUGAGCGGACAGAUAUCCGAAUUGAGGCGACUAGCUCUUUUCGCUCUAAUGUGUCUCAUGGUUAGUCUCAUAGCUCAGAUCAUUGGACUUAUCAUUGGUAUUAGUUUGAGCGUUCAGAAUGGAGUUGUUUUCGGACCUUUUGCUAUAACGCCAUCUUUGAUAUUCAGCGGAUUCUUCGUGUACCUCAGAGAUGCCCCCUCGUAUAUUCAAUGGAUAUUCCAUGUAUCUUUCCUCAAAUAUGGCUUUGAAGGCGUUGUACUGGCUAUCUACGGAUACGGUCGGCCAAAGAUGGGAUGUUCAGCUGAUUACUGUCACUUCAGGCUACCCGAAGUACUUCUCGAUAUGGUCAAUAUGAAGUAUUCGAGUUACUGGACGUCCACAAUUUUCAUGAUUGGACUCUACAUUGUGCUCGACGUCACGGCGUAUUUGUUAUUACGCGUGAGGUUAAAAAACCGGACGUAUAUCAUAUAGACAGUUAGGAUCGUCAAUGCCGGACUAUAAUUAUUAUUGAGAUUUGUAAUUUGCACGAGCUUGGAUAAGUAAAAUCAUCACGAGCCUUGGAUGUGUAAAAAAUGCGAUUGCUCUUUUUUUUUUUCUUUUUUACAUAUUAUAUUUAUAUUUCUCACAUACUUCAAUGCCUAACUCAAUUAUUUGUUUUUAUUAUUGUUGAAAGCUUUUAUUAACCGUUAAUGAGUGAUGUCAGUUUUAUUUUUCAAUAUCCUAAGUCGUGAUCGAGCUAAAGUAAUUUUACAGAGAUGAGUGAUAUUUUUUUACAAGUGAAAUUUCUAGAUGAUAAGUAAUUGUGAUAAUCAUUCUAAUGAUAUACGAGUCCAUCGCCAUAAUUCAGAACAAUGAUGUUGUUAUUUAAUUACUCAAAUCAAAUAUCAGAAUGAAAUUUUAUUACAGAAUUGUACGUGUGAUUGAUUGAAAGUAUGUUUCUAUUCAGCUUUUAAA